GCUCUGUGAUCGCGUAAAGUCGCCACCGAAGGCACUCUUUGCGCUCCAUACAGAGCUAAAGUUCAGAGCCAGAGAGAAAACAUGGCAGGGUAUAUGCGUGGAAGUAUGAGUGAAUUUGCCGAAAAACACAUGAAGCGUCAUGGCUGGAAAGCAGGUAGUGGACUUGGAAGAAAUGAGGAUGGCAUCUCAGAGCCUAUCAAAGUCAAGAUCAAGAGAGACUCUGCUGGGGUUGGACAUGAUCCUGCAGAACAGUUUACAUUCCAUUGGUGGGAUCAUGUCUUCAAUAAAGCCGCUAGUAACAUCCAAGUAACGAACAAUGAGGAUGGAGUUGUGGUACUUAAUAAGAAGGAAGGUAGUCACAUGAUCACUAAUGAAAAACCUGUCAAGUCAUCCAACAAGAAAAAUACACUUUAUGGAAUGUUUGUGAAGAGUGCAACAUUAACACCUGCAGGUGAGCAAUCUGUGUCUUCCUCAUCUGAGGAAGAAGAUGAUCUAAAGAUUGAUUUCUCAUCUGGUUUGGCCGAUGACGAGUUGUUCAAGGCAUGUGGGGGCAGGACUGCGCAUAAAGGGGCACGUCAUGGAUUGAAAUCAAAUGGCAAACUGCAACGACUUCAAGAACAAGAGAGAUUAGUAAAGACAAAGAAGGAUGCCAAAAAUGAACCAGUUGAUGUCAGAGAUGAGGAUGUUGCAAGAAAAAAGAAGAAAAAAAAGAAAAAGAAAUGUGAAGAUGAUGGUAAUAUAGAAGAUCCUAUUGAUAAUAUGAAGAUUGGAAAGAAGAAAAUAAAGGAAAAGAAAUCAGAAGAAAUCGAAAAUAUAAAUUAUCCUAUUGAUGGUGUGUGGACUGAAAAAAAGAAAAGAAAGAAAAAGAAAUCACAAGAUAUUGAAAAGAAAAGAAAACGAAAAACUACAAUGACCAAUGGUGAAUCUAUAGAGGGCAGUAUAUUAUCAAAUAUGUUGGAAGAAUGUGAAGACAUUACAGAUCCUGCUGAAGAUUUACCAGACGUUGGUGAGGAAGAAAGUGUUGUGAGGAAACGAAAGAAAAAAACACACAAUAGGGAAAUUAAUAUUGAACGUGAAAAUGAUGAAAAUGUAUUACAAAAAUCAAGAAAGAGAAAUAAGGAAAAGCGAUUAUCCCCAUCUAAACAGUCAUCAAGUAAAGAUGAAGUGAAUGGAAUUGUAUUGCACGAGAAUGACAUUAUUUCAAAAAAAGUUAGGGAAAAAAAGAAAAAGAGGAAAGAUAUAUGUGAAUAACUACGUAAAUAAAUCAAUAUUUUAAAUAAAAUGUACAAGUCACUUAAGUACUAUUUUACUUCGGUUUUAUUUUGUAAAUUGUAUGUACAUGUUGUACAUGGUAUGUGAAAUUUAUGCAGUAGAUUUAAAUGGUGUACCUGGAUAAAUUUUUGCAUUAGAACAAUUAAAUUUUAAUAUCAAUAAUGAUCAUGUCAUAAUAAACAGAAACAAUCCCA